AUGGAAUUCCAAAGUGGAGAGCAGGUUGAUAAUGUCAAACUUCUGAAAGCUCAAACCCACAUAUGGAAUCAUAUUUUCAAUUUUAUAAACUCCAUGUCUCUUAAAUGUGCUGUUGAGUUGGGCAUACCUGAUGCCAUUCACAAUUAUGGCCAGCCUAUGCCACACUCAAAGCUCAUUGCUUCAUUGCAAAUUCAUCCAUCAAAAACCUCCUUCAUCAUUCGCUUGAUGAGAAUCUUGAUCCAUUCCGGCUUCUUCGCUACCAAGAAUGGUGCUGACAAAGACCUUGAAGUAAGUUAUGUUCUAACUGACUCGUCUGUGUUGCUGCUUAAGGGAAACCCUAUAAGCAUCAGGCCUUUCUUGCUUGUCACGCUUGAUCCAAUUUUGACAAAUCCAUGGCAUAAAUUGUCCACAUGGUUCCAAAGUGAUAAUCCCACACCAUUUGAAACGGAACAUGGGAUCAUGUUUUGGAGAUAUGCUGAUCAUGAGCCUAAACUUAAUGAACUUUUCAAUGAUGCCAUGGCGAGUGAUGCUCGAUUGGUUAGCAACUUGUUACUUAAUGACAAGUGGAAGGGUGUGUUUGAGGGUUUGGAAUCAUUGGUUGAUGUUGGUGGUGGCACAGGAACCGUUGCAAAGGCUAUUGCAAAAUCAUUUCCUGCGUUAGAGUGCACUGUUCUUGAUCUCCCACAUGUUAUUGCUGGCUUGGAAGGAAGUGAAAACCUUAAAUAUGUUGGAGGGGAUAUGUUUGAGGUCAUUCCUCCCUCUAAUGCCAUUUUGUUAAAGUGGAUUUUGCAUGACUGGGAGGACAAGGAAUGUUUGAAGAUAUUGAGGAAAUGCAAGGAGGCAAUCAUGAAUAAUGGCAGCAAAGGAGGAAAGGUAAUUAUCAUAGAUAUAGUGAUGAUGAAGGAUGAGAAGAAAGAUGAUGAUGAAUCACUUCAAACACAACUCUUCUUUGACAUGCAGAUGAUGGUGUUACACGCUGGCAAGGAGAAAAAUGAAAAAGAAUGGGUCAAGCUAAUAUUUUGUGCUGGUUUUAGUGACUACAAGAUAACUCCAAUUCUUGGACUCAGGUCUCUCAUUGAGAUAUAUCCAUAGCAACUUAAUGACACAAUUCACUACAAUAAACGCGGCAAAUGACGGCAAAUAUGCGAGGCGUUGGUAAUCGUUUGCUUUUAGCGGCGGUUAUGGUUUAACCGCCGCUAAAUAAACAUAAUUGGUGGAAGGAAUCCUGAUUCAACGUU